ACAAAAUAAAUCUUUUCAUAUCUUUUCCCUGCAGUUCUACGAAAUCUUAUAUUUUUCGGGGCUCAAUCAGUGAUAAUCCAGAAAAAAAAGAGAAGAAACCCUUGCUCAGAUUUGACUCCCCCCUCAUCAAAUCAACUCUAUCUAUUAUCAACAGAUACCCUUUUCUCUCUACCAAGAUUUUUAAAGAACUUCAACCCACAAUCAGUUAAAUGGAGCUGAAGGCUGUGAAAGAUGCGUUUGACCAUGUUACGAAGAAGCAAAAACUGUGUACCUCCAAAUGCCAGGAAGCAAUAGAACAGAUAGCCCAGGAAUUUGAGCAGGCUUUAGCUAAACUACAAUCAGCUGAUGCUAGUACCUCAUACCCCGAUCAUAAAACCAUUCUUGCUGAUCUCAAGACUAAGUUAAAGGACAUUGCUCAUCUCAGCCAACUAGAUUCCAUCCAAAAAGAGCUCAAUGGACCAUUAAGCAAGUACCCAAAGCAGCUUGAAAAAUCUUUUACCUCCGAUAUAUCAAAGUCAUACAGAAAUAUUGAUUUUGAUAACCACACGAUUAACCAGAUCAUAGCCAGUCAUCUGUACAGGGAAGGGCUGUUUGAAGUGGGAGACUGCUUUGCCGAUGAAGCUGGAGUGCCAGAAGCAACUGCCUUGAAAUCCCCUUUCAUAGAGAUGUUCCAUAUUCGUCAAGCCAUGAAGUCUCAUAACUUGGAACCGGCGCUAAAUUGGGCAACUGCUAAUUGCGAGAAACUCAGGCAAAAUGGAUCAGAUAUCGAACUUAAACUUCAUAGGCUACAGUAUGUUAAGAUUCUUCAGAGUCAGGGUAGAGACGAUGCCCUAAAGUAUGCAAGAACUUUUCUAUCUCCAUUUGCUUCCUCCCAUAUGGCCGAAAUCCAGAAGUUGAUGGCAUGCCUUUUGUGGGCUGGUAAACUCGACGCCUCCCCUUACUCUGAUCUUCUUGCACCUAUCAACUGGGAAAAGCUGGGGGAGGAAUUUACUAGGCAGUUCUGUAAUCUUCUGGGGCAAUCUUUUGAGAGCCCAUUGAGUGUAACAGUAGCAGCUGGAGUUCGAGGGCUUCCUACCCUCCUGAAGCUGAUGAAUGUGAUGAUAGGUAAAAAACAGGAAUGGCAGUCAAUGAAGCAGCUCCCUGUUCCCGUCGAUUUGGAUAAGGAAUUUCAAUUCCACACUGUGUUUGUAUGCCCGGUAAGUCGUGAUCAGGCAACUGAGGAGAACCCGCCAAUGCUGAUGUCAUGUGCACAUGUACUUUGCAAGCAGUCAAUAGCGAAGCUCUCGAAGAGUGGUACAAAGACCUUCAAGUGCCCUUACUGCCCUUCUGAGAUCGAGGCUUCCCACUGUAGACAGUUGUUUUUCUGAUGCUGGUGAGCAAGUAUGACAGUACCUUUUAUUUUCUAGACUUGCAACCUCUCUCAUAUUUUCUUUUUUCACCUGAACAUAAAAAGUUGCUCCUGUGAAGUUAUCUUGUGUGAUUAUGUGCAGCUUUUUGUUUCCUUGGGUGGUAGUUUCUACCAGAAGCUCCCUUCGAUGGAUCUUGAUGUUUUAAGAACUGGUGGUGUCACCAAAUGUAUAUAGACAUUCUUUAUAUUGCUUUA